GUCGGGGCGCUGAUGGAAGAAAGAGAGGGGGGUGGAAACACGCUAGCUACAAUGGAGGAAGCCGCCGAGCUUAUUCCCUUGGACCAGUACGUAACACUCGGAUAUCCAGGGCUUGGGAUGAUUGGAAACAUUAGACCAGCGCCAGAACAAAGAGAAGUGGCGAAGUGGCGACCUUCUCCAGGGGAAAUGGAGUCGGGAGGACCCACCUUCGUCACCGGAGAAAUCGAUGUUCUCAACAUCGUUCGAGCUUUGGACCAUCGGAUUCCUUUUCCGAUCGGUCAUCUACACUUGAUAUCAGAACAAGCCAACGAACGCAUGUUGCAACAUUGCAAGAGGAAUCGGAAACAGUUCGCCCUCGCACGAACAGCUAACACGAAAACAAAAAGUCCCGCUCAAGGUGAAAACGUUGCUGAUACUUCGGAUCCGAUACAGCUAGGAUUAAUCCACAAAGAUGACAAUUUCCUAAGGAUUAAACCAAUCCCGUGGAAAUCGGCGGAAUGCGAUAUCGAGAUAUGGGGAAUUCCGUACAAUGCCAUCAUCGAUUCUGGAGCCGCUGUUUUAGCUAUCUCAUUAAGGGUAGUUGAAAGGGCAGAAAGAAAGAGUGUUCUAAUCAUGCUUACGGAAAAAUACCAGCUCGUUUCAGCGGAUGAAGAGAAGAUUAAAACAGUGGGACGGAUGACCAACGUUGCUAUUCGAUUAGGGAAGGUACAUGCUUUGGAAGAUGUCGUAGUUUUAGACGUAAAUACUUACGACGUCUUUUUUGGCCUUCCCGCCCUGGUGGCCUUGCGAGCCAAUCUGGAUUUCAAGAGGCGAUCGAUCGUCCUCCGGAAUACAGGUGGAAAACCUUAUGUUGUGCCUAUGAGACUGACUCUCCGUACUACCGCUAACGUAACCCUGCGAGUUUCUCUCAUGAUGGCGGGAACUCUUCGCAUGAUUACUUGGAAUACCUCUGCUGACGGUGAGCAAUCUCCGAAGGACGCAUACAGCACCGACGAAGAGGAUCCAUUGAUCCUGGAGAUGCGAGCGAUGAACGUGACAUUUCAGAACUUCGUCAACAAGACGCGGCUCACUCAAGGGAUGAUUAACUUUUGCGUCAUCAUGUACAUGAACGAUAUCCUCGUCUACUCAGAGACCUUUCACGGGCAUGCACAGUACAUCGAGUGGACGCUCGGAGCUCUGAGAGACGCUGGGUUCAAGAUCGCGCUCGAGAAGAGCGAGUUUUUUUCUCGCAGAAAUCUCGUUCUUGGGUUACAUGGUGACACGUGGAGGAUUACGACCGGAUUCAAGGAAAGUCGCGGUGGUGAAAGAGGCUCCUGUCCCCACCUGACUUGGACAAGGGACACAGAGAGUCGCACCUGGAUCGAGUAUGCGGAGCUGUUGAUCAUCCAAGCGUGGAAAACGGAGGUGGAACGAGACCUUCUCGGAUUUCUAUUCAGAUCGGUGCGUGCCGGCCAUCGACAGCAGAUCGUACAGGAACUCACGAUUCCUUUCGCGCAGGUGGUUGACGAUCUCCCCCUCGAUAUCAUUUCGCAGUGUGACAAGGGCCCGGUCCCACACGUCUUUUCACGGACUCUUACACCCUACCUGCAGUGGUGGGCUUGCCUCGAGGAGUUAGCAGGCAACAACAACCCGCCAUCGCAACAGCUAUACCUGGAUCCCCGGGGGAUAAUCGACCUCACCUCCUUUCAGCCUCGUACGGCCUCCGAAGACGAAGCGAUAACACUAGAGGAGGAAGAGGACGGAGAGGGAGGCGACGAGGAAGAAGAAGAGGAAACCUCGGAAGAAGGGAGCUACAGCGAAUACAGUGAGGAGGAACCGGGUGAAGAAGAGGAAGAAGAAGAAGAAGAGGAAGAUCAGCUAGAGGAAGAAGAGUCUGAGUGGGAAACCCUGGGAGAAGAGGCGGAACGUGCAGAGGAGGAUCCUGAGGCUGUACGAAAGAGGGAGGAGAUCACUGCCGGCAAGCAGCAGCUGGAGUACGCAAGCGAGGCCGAUCUGCUGAGCGCAGAUGAUCCAGCUAAGGACCUUGAGCCGCCCAAGCCUGAAGAUGGGGACCAACAAGGCGACGGCGAAGCCGAUCCCCCUCCCCCUCCACCUCAGCCCGUCCCCCAAUUCGCGCACGUACCGAUGCGGGGAAUCGGGCUUCGUCCCCGAUUUGAUGUACGCGUCACUUGCAUGAGUGUGGAAUGGCUGAAGAUCAGGGAUUUGCCGAAUGAUGGAAUGUGCCUAUAAGUUAGAACUGCUCCCUUUUCAUGUUUAUCG